CUUCAACAUGAACUCCCUCGCUGUUCUCCUUCUCUGCGUCCAAGCUUGCUUGGUACAGUCCGUGUUCGGGCAGUGCUACGGCGGCAUCGGGUACGCGCCCGCUUUCGCCGCGCCCUUCGCCGCCCCCGCUCUCGCCGCGCCGGCCGCGUGCGGGCCAGCCUACGGCGGCGAGGGUAUCGGCGACGUGGCGGUCGGCGGCCAGCUGCCGGUCGCCGGCACCACGCUAGUCUGUGGACAAGUGCCGAUCCUGGGCGCCGUGGAGUUCGGAGGCAUCGUGCCGGCCGGCGGCGAGGUGUCCAUUGCCGGCAAGUGCGCCUGCGGCUGCAGAGGAUACUGAAAAGCCAUCGAUGGUCUAUCCCGUGCAAAUUGAA